UACAAUGUAUUUAUCUUUAAUUGUUAUUUCACAGUUCCUCCAGAAAUUACUGACCCACCAGAGCUAAAGCCUUUACUUGCCAUCAGAGAAAACCAUACUUUGAUCUGUAAUGCAACUGGUAACCCUCUUCCCAAUAUUUCUUGGACAAAAGAUGGCAUUCCUGUGGAUAGGUUUUAUGUGACAGGUUACCAGCUUGAUUUGUUUGACGUGAGGUUGGAGGAUGUAGGAUCAUAUAGAUGUACAGCUAGUAAUGGAUUUGGAGAUAAUGCUACUAGUGUCAGUAUUGUUGGCAUAAGAUGUAAGUAGUAUGUCUUGUUUAUUUGAUUAAUUACGGCAAUGCAUUUGUAAAUUGUUUAUACUUUGAUUUUAAACAGACACAAUGGUGUUAUGAUUCAUGUUGAACUGCAAAAUGGCACAGUGGUAUGGAAUUAGCACAAUAUAGAGAAAAAGUAUUUACUUUCUCUCCUGUUGAGAUGUCAAUACUAUAUUUUUGUUAGAUUGUCUUAGUGCUAAGCAUAAAGGUGUCUGUCUCUGUGAAACAGUUUUGUUUUUUUAGUAUUUAUGCACUUACUUUAACAGAGAUCAAAGCUAGGUGUGUUAUGUGGGCGUGAAUUAUCAGUCGAUAAGCUUUUUUUAAAUGGCUAAUUUUAACAAUUUGGUGACCAAACGAGUAGGGUCUGAAAAAUGUUCCCUUCAGAACAUUCUUCAACUCUUAAAAAAAAUCACCAGUUGAGGGUAUAAAAUGGUUAAAGCAAAAAAAAUAAUAAAUAAAUGAAUAAAAGUGGCAACUGGUAUUGAAAGUCUUGUUGCCAACAGUCCAUUUUCAGUGGCUUUGGCAACCAGCUGGUCACAAUUUGAGACACUACUUUAUUUUUGAUUUGUAAUAAUGAUAAACUGAUUUGCAUGCUGUAUGUUACUGAGAGAGGUAAGUUUACUAGGCACAAUAUUUUUCCUUACUCUUGCCUUUGCAUGAAGCCAAUGUUAAGUUGCAGUUUAACCCAUCUCAAAGGGCAAACUGAAUAUCCGAUUGUUUUUUAUAUAUGUCAAGAGGUCAAAGCGUGAAGUUCAAUAAAAAACAGCAAUUUCAACUGUUUCCAAAACAUGCCAUAGUUUUUUUUUUUCACUUUAUUGCCAGGGGUGGCUAUGCAAUAUGUUCAAUAUCAGCAAUGGUCAACAACAUUUAACUAAUAAUAUCUAUUCAUGAAUUCUAAUUUUUGUUCAUCACACUUUAGGUAAUGAUUGUUUAAAUAGGAGCAUUGGAAUAACAUUACUGAGUGAAGUUUGGACUUCAGCCUUAAAUAACAGAGAGUCAAUUGAGUUCAAAAUAUUGGAGUCAAAGUUUUUAUCAGAAGUAAGUAUCCUGUUGCCUUUAUUAAGUAAAAUCCUCCUUUUAUCUAAUCUGUUCACCUUAGAGUGGUGAUUUGCAAAUUAUUGAUGUUUGAGUAUAAAAUGCCUUGUAAUUCCUCUCUUCGACUACUGGCUGACUUAUUAGCAUCCCUUUUAUCCAUUUAAGAUGGUGGCAUUAAUCUUUGUAGUAAUGAUUGAAAAAAAAAAAUUUCUUUUCAUAGCUCUGCUCUUCAUUCAGCAUUCGUGAAGGUUUUCCUUGCUAUGAGUUACAAGGAUGUUUGAGUUACAAGUAAAACAGACUUUUGAACUGUAAUAAAUUAGCUGACAAACCUGUGGGAACUAGUAGACUUGAUGCUCUUCUUUUAAGGCAAAGUACAUCUAACUUAAAAUUAAAUUUAGAUACUUGGAUUUCAAUUUUUGGUUUCUUACAUUUGAUAGUUACAAGUAAAACAUGAGGAGAGAUACUGUUUUUAACUGCCACAAUAGGAUACUUAUACACUUUAAUUACUUCUAAAGCAGGGUCACGUGGAAUAAAUCUUGGAGUUUUGCGAUUUGAUUGUUCUCCUGUCCUCUAUACAUGUCUGAUGACAUUCAGAGAUCAGGUCCCAAUAGCCAUAGAAAUUUGUAAAUUUUACCCAUCUAAUUGGAGAAGUGCUGUGAGCCUAAAACUAUAUACUCAUAUGAGCAGAUGCGAUCAAGGCUUUCUCACUCUGCAUGAACAAUUAAAUUGUACGUUUAAGCAUUUUUAGCAUUUAGUAUAACUGUUGUUCUUAUAUUUGUUUAAGAUUUCUUCUGUCUACACAAAAAAUCCUGGAAAACAACUGUACACAGUGGGUCUUGUUGAUUUAAGGUAAGUGUCAUGAUUCACAAGAGUGCUCAGUGUAGGCAUUUGUGAAAAAAAUGUUUUGAGAAAAGGAAAUGGUCCUCUGCUGAUAUUUCAGGAUUUAGUUACAGUAUAGAGGUGAUCGACAUGUAUUCAAACAUUUUUAGGUAUCCAUCAUGUUUAGUUUUUGAAAAAUUAAUAUUCAGUAGAGUGACGUUCAUGGACAAGAUCAAUAAGUAUUAACCAUUUGCUAUUAUGCAAAAAACUUUGAACAGUGAGUUUUUUCCUAGGUAUAGCUCCGGUAGUGUUGUUGCUGAAGUAGAGCUCAAGUUUGAAAGAUCUGUUCUUGAUCCUUUGAAACCACUCGAAGAUGAAAUCAAAGAUGGAAAGUUUGGGUCAUUCACAGUGAGCCGUGAACUUGAUUUGAAUCCAAGUAAGGCCUGUGCUACCUGA